AUGCAGAGGAGAUGGAAGAGCGACGAGAGGACGAUUCGAGAUCACACUCCACCGAAUGAGCAAAAGCUGCCCAGCGGUGCACAGAAAGGAGAGGACCGCGCAUCCGCGGCAACAUCGGAGUCAUCCGGCUCAAGCAAACACCUACUGGAUCGCCUACCACACCUACAUCGUCCAACUAAGGAAGAGCUCCUGGCCGCGGCGACUGGAUUUUGGCAUCGAUUGCAAAUUCGGUUCAAGUGGUUCUCCAUCCGAAGCGUCCGACCAUAUAACGCAGAAGAGAUUUUCGCGUUCAUCAGUUGGAUAUUCUGGGCGCACGUACUGUGGGUUGUGAUUGGCACAACGACGUUCGUCAGUCUUGCGAUUUUGGCUUUGAACACUGUGUUCGCGCAAGAGACACUCGCAGGAUGGGUCGGCCAAUACUUGACCAAGAAUACCGGCAUCAAGGUGGUCUUCGAGAACGCUAUUGUGCCACGAUGGGGGAGCGGAGUCAUUCGAUUGAACAAUGUGUUCGUCAGCAGGCGACGUCAGACUGACAAGAGCAAGAAGUCGGUAACUAAAGGAUCGUCGACGACUGCUGCGGCUGUCGCGGCUGCUGAAGCCAAGGCCGAGAGGGAGAGAAAAGAUGGACCACCGGAUGAGCCCGCUGCAGAACAGGAGGACGACGGAAACUACACACAGUUCGACGUCACAAUCGAGUCCGUCGAGGUGACACUGUCUUUCGCGAAGUGGUUCAACGGAAAGGGUCUGCUGCGAGACGUGGAGAUUAGGGGCGUGCGAGGAGUCCUGGAUCGCACAUCUGUGCAACCGCGAGCGGAAGGCGAAGAUCCAAGGAGCUACCUCCACGAACACAACCCUGGCGACUUUGAGAUCGACAACUUCAAGAUGGAAGACGUGCUGUUGACCGUCUAUCAGCCCAACGGAUUCCGACCAUUCCAGGUCAGCGUCUUCAAUUGUGAACUGCCUCGACUGCGCAAGCAAUGGCUAUUCUACGACUUCUUGAGUGCAAACAACAUGAGUGGUAGCUUCGACAACUCUCUCUUCACAAUUCAUCCCCGACAGGUUCACAGUACGACCGGGAUGCCACUCGCGGAGGGACGAGACGAGUCAGGCUCACAGUGGAAAAAGCACAGUCGAAUCCGGCUUGACGGACUCAAGAUCGACCACCUCAACCGCGGCGUCGAAGGCCCCUUCUCAUGGAUUCACGAUGGCAAUGUCGACAUCGUCGCCGAUCUAAUGAUCCCGACAGAUGCCAGCGGUAGCAUCGUCAAGGUCAUGAGUGAUAUUUAUGAUCGCGUCGAGGCUAGUGUCACCACACAAGCUCAACACGUUCCACCGACGAUUACGAACAACCACCCGGAAAACAACGACGACGAUCGCUACCUAGUCAUGGACAUCCAGAUUCACCUGAACGAUGUGCGCGCCUCGGUGCCCAUCUUCACCCGCGACCUGAGCUACGUGAACAGCGCCGCGGUCCGCCCAAUAGUAGCCUACAUCAAUUCUCACUCCCAUCGAUCAAACGACUUCAUCCCAAUCAGCUGUCGCAUCGUCAAACGGCAGAGCGAAUUUGACGGCUCCUGGACAGUUUUCGAUUCUGGUUUGCUGGACGAUCUCAGCAAGGAGACGUAUGAGGCGUUCGCAAAGGACAUCUCGGACAACAAGCAGCGACAGCGGAGGAUAAGAAAAGUUGGACUGUGGGCGGCUCAGAUUGCGGCUCAGGCGCUGUUCCUUGGGCUGGCUGGACAGCUUGCUUGAAGAGUCAACACAUUCUCUCUGUGCGCGACACCUAAGCGUCCCUGAUACUGCAUUUUUUGCUUUGAAUGGUCUUUGACACCAUAGCGCGGCGUUUCUUGGGCGAUACAUGGUUUGUACAGGUAUGAUACAAAAAGGGAGCAUGGGAAUCUGAACCUGACCAGAAGGGAACAUUCAAGCGAGACUUUGUACGACUAUUACACUAAUGAGACACGCCCAUCACCUAG